AUGCCAAAACAAAGUCGCAAGCGACUGCCCCCAAGUGUCACUCCUGGUGAAUUUUGCACAUUUCUCGAUAUUCGUUUGACCACAACUGAACAAAAUCUCUUGCAAAAUCCCCCCUUCAAGCACACGCUACCUCUCGAAAAAUUGUUAGACCCGACACCAUCUCCGCGUUCGAGACGCCGUGCCAAGACGUGCUAUGCGCCGCGGCCACAGAAUGCAUUUAUACUGUAUCGCAGAGAUUUUGUAGAGCGGGUGGCGAGAGCGAACGGGAAAAUGGUGCUGCAUAGUAUCUCGAAAAAAGCGUCCGAGUGUUGGAAUAACGAGAGCAUCGAAGUACGUCAUUAUUUUAUCGUAUUAGCCGAUUUGUGCAAAAAAAGGCACGCAGAGAGAUUCCCGGGAUACAAGUAUUCGCCGAGACAAAAGAGAGAUAGAUACGACAACAAUAAUGUUGUACCAAGCCAGACUGCGCACGAGAGUCAAUUUCAGUUCAUCUCAGCAUUAAACAAUUCUCCUUCUCCGUCCUUGACAUACGAGUCGCCCUCGUCAAUGUCGCUAUCUCCCAACCCAUCCGAAGUGUCAUCUCCAUCGCUCCAUGCAGUUAGCCCGGGCAUGUAUGUUGAAAAUGGACCGAUGAUAUAUGACCCUAAUUAUGUCAACUACGAGACUCUUUUAUUCUGUGAUAUGGGAUUAGCACCAACGCCAGACUCGUAUAGCUUGAAUGAUCCAAGUUACAACAUGGUGGAAUACAUGCCUGAAUUUACUGCGAACCAGGCACCAAACGCCGAGACUUGGGUCAAUGACAGUGUCAACACGGAUGGAUGUGAAAACAUUGAUGAAAAUGACUAUUUUAUUUUUUGA